GGAUCGGCCGCUGGGAGGAAGUGCAGCUCUCUGAAGAGCCUCAAUUUCACUUCACGACGCGCUGUGGGGCUAAGCUCGCACCAAGUACUAAAAACAUAAAAUAGUCGUAUUUUCCCAUAAGGAUUAAUCGUUGGGAAAUGUCAAAAGGCACUCGUUCCCAGAGGGUCUGAACGAAGUCGGACGGAGGGGUUUUACGCGGACGGAUAUUGUGUUUUCGUUGAACGAUGUCGGAAGAGAUGACUUGGAUCUGCGACCCAAACACGGAUGGAAAAGAAAAGACUAGUUUCUUUCGGCAGUAACAUCGGGAAAUCAAAAUCGACCCUCUUUUGAAGGAAGGUACAUUUAGAGACCCCGGCACGAGCCGUGAAGACGCAGAGUGGGGUUCAAAGACACGUCGUGUUGUUUUUUUAAACUCAGUUUCUUCGUCCAUGCAAGUUUGAGACAUGCAUGUGAAGUUCCGCAAGAUCUAGCACAGAGGUUUUCUCGUUGUAUGUUUUACGUUUGUAUACAUUUGUUGUGGACCAAAGUAUUUCACCGCAGUAACUGAUUUUUGUGCGUUUCAUCGGACCACGUUUUGUGGACCCAUCGCGUCUUUUUUUAUUGCUUUAGUUCACAUUUGCUUAUUUCCUUUUCUAGCGCCACCCCUCAUGUGCAGUUCAGCGAUAUUUCAACAUCUUGUGUAAAACGUAGAUUAACGCGUUUGAAAGAAAACUGUCUGCACUGCACAAGGCACGACAAUGGACUCUAACAAAAAUACAUCUGCCUGUUUAUGUGAAUGUUCGACUUUGCUUUAAUUGGCUUGUGGGAUCAGGGAAGUCUACUUGGAUUUGAUCAGUGCUUUACAAUCGAGAGGAGGGGACAGGCAGAUCUCAACCCUCAAACUACAGAAAUGGAGAUUUCUUUGUGAUAUAAACAGGAUAUAUAGACAUACGCUAUAUAUGCAUGUUCUGUUUAGAUCUUGACGGAUACUCCACUAGUUAAGAAAAGAAUUCCGUUGCUGUCGCAUUAAAUAGCUCUUAUUUAUGUUUCCUCAACCACUGGGCUUUUUGCUUCCCACCAUCUUGACGCCUUUUAAGAAGAAGGGGAUACAUAUUAUUUGUGGUUUGUUUGUAUGCUGUCAGCUGAUAAAUGAAUCAAAACGGAACAUUGGCGCAUGCUACUCGUCCAUUUCAUGAUUUAUUUCUUUUUUUCAAGUGAGCUGGCUUGCUCUUUAUGCGAAUAUCUUGAGGAUGUUAUCUAGCCUCUUGUUCAGCAUGCAUCUAUAUUAAGGCGAAUUUCGAUUUUGAAAGGCUCUUGCAUUGCUUUGAACGCAGUAGUUUUUUUAUUAAGGGCCUUGAUUUCAUCCCCAACACAAAAGGCUUCCACGCACUUGUAGUUAACCUGCCAUCGCUGUCAUUUUCACGCAUCGCAUUUUUUGACGGUAGUUGGUGAGUUUCUCGCGUUAAACUCACCUAAAGGGGGUGAGUGGUGGUGGAGGGGGCAUCUGCUGCUCAGAAUCUCUUUAUCGAUAUCAUCAUCACCAUCUUGAAUUAUUAUUUUGAAGAUUUCCGGAACACUUUCCCACUGUAAAAGAAGCCAUUUCUACAGUUGUAGCGGACCCGAUGACGACGUUACUACACAUAUAAGGACCAUAUAGAUAUAUUUUUCGUUUUGUGAAUGUUUUUUUCGAGUGUUAUCGGCCACGAUGGCUAAUUUUUGAGACCCUUUCAGUGGGAAAAAAGACGCCGAUCAAAGCACCGCGUCUGGAACCGAUGUUCGCGCCUCGCUCGCGCAUCGUCGUCGUCGCCGCUGCUCCCGCGUUCGUCUUGUGCUGAGUCCGCGCGCGCCGCCGCUCCCAGAGCGCGCGUCACCGUCCGUCUCCUCACGGCUGGUUCUGGUACCGUUAGCGACUCGGUUCGACCCCACAGGGCUCGAAGAUGGCGGACCUCGAAGCGGUUCUCGCCGAUGUCAGCUACCUGAUGGCGAUGGAGAAGAGCAAAUCGACUCCAGCGGCCCGGGCGAGCAAGAAAAUCAUCCUCCCUGAACCCAGUAUUCGAAGCGUCAUGCAGAAGUACUUGGAGGAACGGGAUGAACUGACCUUUGACAAGAUCUUCAACCAGAAGAUUGGCUUCCUCUUGUUCAAGGAUUUCUGCAUGAACGAGAUUGAUGAAGCCGUCCCACAGCUGAAGUUUUACGAGGAGAUUAAAGAGUAUGAAAAGUUGGACUCUGAGGAGGAGAGGCUGACUCGCAGUCGACAGAUUUACGACGUCUACAUAAUGAAGGAGCUUCUGUCGUGUUCACACCCCUUCUCAAAGAAAGCAGUUGACCAUGUCCAGACUCACCUAGCAAAGAAACAAGUUCCUCCAAAUCUCUUUCAGCCAUACAUUGUUGAAAUCUGCGACAGUCUUCGAGGAAUGAUGUUUCAGAAGUAUAUAGAAAGUGACAAGUUCACUCGUUUCUGUCAGUGGAAGAAUGUAGAGCUCAACAUCCAUUUGACGAUGAAUGAUUUCAGCGUGCAUCGAAUCAUCGGCAGAGGAGGUUUUGGAGAGGUGUAUGGAUGCAGAAAGGCUGACACGGGGAAAAUGUAUGCCAUGAAGUGUUUGGAUAAGAAACGGAUCAAAAUGAAACAGGGUGAAACGCUGGCGCUCAAUGAGAGAAUCAUGCUGUCAUUGGUCAGCACAGGGGACUGCCCUUUCAUAGUGUGUAUGACGUAUGCCUUCCACACCCCGGAUAAACUGUGUUUCAUUCUGGACUUGAUGAACGGUGGAGAUCUCCACUAUCAUCUGUCUCAGCACGGGGUCUUCAGUGAGAAGGAUAUGCGCUUUUAUGCCGCAGAGAUCAUCCUGGGCCUCGAGCACAUGCACAAUCGAUUUGUCGUCUACAGAGACCUCAAGCCUGCGAAUAUCCUGCUGGAUGAACACGGACACGUUCGUAUCUCUGACCUGGGCCUGGCCUGUGAUUUCUCCAAGAAAAAACCUCACGCCAGUGUCGGUACCCAUGGCUACAUGGCACCUGAGGUUCUGCAGAAAGGAACGGCGUACGACAGCAGCGCCGACUGGUUCUCUCUGGGAUGCAUGCUCUUUAAACUCUUGCGAGGACACAGUCCAUUCAGACAGCACAAGACCAAAGACAAACACGAGAUCGACCGCAUGACACUUACCAUGAAUGUGGAGUUGCCCGACACUUUCUCACCUGAACUCAAGUCUCUUCUGGAAGGACUCUUACAGCGAGAUGUGGCCAAAAGAUUGGGCUGUCUGGGGCGGGGGGCAUCAGAGGUGAAGGAGCAUGAGUUCUUCAAAGGAAUCGAUUGGCAGCAGGUCUAUCUUCAGAAGUACCCUCCACCCCUCAUUCCUCCGAGAGGAGAGGUCAACGCCGCAGACGCCUUUGACAUCGGGUCCUUUGAUGAAGAGGACACCAAGGGAAUAAAGCUGUUAGACAGUGAUCAGGAGCUGUAUAAGAACUUUCCUCUGGUGAUCUCGGAGCGCUGGCAGCAGGAGGUGGCAGAGACGGUGUACGACGCCGUCAACAGCGACACGGAUAAGAACGAAAUCCGCAAACGGGCCAAAAACAAGCAGCAGGGCCACGAGGAGGAUUACGCUCUGGGGAAGGACUGCAUCAUGCACGGCUACAUGCUGAAGCUGGGAAACCCGUUCCUGACGCAGUGGCAGAGACGAUAUUUCUAUCUGUUCCCCAACCGCGUGGAGUGGAGAGGAGAAGGAGAGUCCAGACAAAACCUUCUUACCAUGGAGCAGAUCGUGACUGUGGAGGAGACGCAGAUCAAGGACAAGAAGUGCAUUCUGCUGAGGAUCAAGGGAGGGAAGCAGUUCGUGCUCCAGUGUGAGAGUGACCCAGAGUUUGUUCAGUGGAAGAAGGAACUCACAGAAGCGUUCACCGAAGCGCAGAAGCUGCUCCGUCGUGCCCCCAAAGUCAUCGGCAAGGGCCGAACCAACGUGGUGGAACUGUCCAAACCUCCGCUCACCCACCGUAACAGCAACGGCCUGUGAGCCGCCCCCCGUCCCAGCCACCCAUCACCACCACCGCCUGUCCAUCCUCUUCAUCGUCACACGCUCACGCUCUCUCAACUCUCUCGCUGUCCAGCGUCAUCAAGCUUCCCGAAGCGUCCCGAAGAAGCAUCAGCUGGAUUUCCUGCUGUUUGUCAAUCUCACACACACACACACACACACACACAGAGUUUCUGCAACUUGACACUCCAGGAUAACGUUAAAGAACAAUCACAGACGUCAAUGCUGAGUCUUAAGGUGGUGCAGGCUGGGAUACUGCACCGCCUCGUUUGAGCACAUCACUCUCUCUCUCUGUCUGAUGCUCCUGUUCACCCAGCACACGCUCUGGUGUGAUGUCAGCGUCCACCUAAACAACUCUUUACCCAGCAUGCUACAGAUGGACGAUCUCUCAAAAGACCAUGGCUUUAAAGAUUUCACCCCUGUUGUCUCUCAUGGAAGCGCUGCGGCCGUGUCUGUGUCUGUUCGUGACGCGUGUGCUCUCUCUCUCUCUCUCGCUCUCUCUCGACGCUGUGACCGCAUGACAUGCAUGGGCACGCCAGUCCUGCGGUUCCUGAUAAACAGGCUCUCCUGUACCUGUAAAGACUCACCGCUGAGUUAAAGAAACUGAGAUGAGUGUCGUGCACGGUCAGGCUGCUCUCGCAAGUGUACAAACGAGAGAUUGUGUUUGUCCGUUGACUGUUUUUUUGGUGCUCACUCCCUGUAAAGACCAAACCGAGUUGGAGCGCACUAAGGUGUUGUUGCUUUGAAAAGGCACGGCCGGAUAUGUGGAGGGAUUCCUUUUCUUUCACCUUGAAUGUAUUUUGUUUUUGUUUGUGAAGGGAGUGAUUUACGCUGCUCGACGACCGGAGACAAAAAGUGCCAAUGAAAAUAAAGCGUUGAACUUGAGACGCAUCACGUCACGCGGUCGGACCCUGCAUAAGUGUUGUGAACGCACAGAUUAAGACUGAACCCAUCGCUGUGGGUGAACUGUGUUACUGAUGCGUGACGUCUUGGUUCGAGGGACCACUUGGAAAAGAAGGCGACGGCAGCAUCCUUUCUUUUCUCUGACUGUGUAUAUAUGAACCAUCCUUUCUCUGUGCAUCUACAGUAUAACCUACUUGUCAACGUUUGCAUAUGUGGCGAAUUCUCUGUCUGCCUGUCUGUGUUCGUCCCUGUGUCUCAGCUCUGGGCAGGGUGGGCGGGGUUCACAUCUGUCAUUCACGUGCACGCCUCGGUGUCAUCUCAUAAUGAGGUGUGGCGAGAUGUGCGACACGUCAUCCGUUCACAGGCAGACAGACUGUUAUGUCAGGGGUGAGAUGAUGGUGUGGGGUGUUUGCAUGCACAGGUGUUCGGAAAGGUGGGACAACUUUAAACCAAUCGUCGUAAGGCUUGAUUUGAAUCCAGUUUUAGUUUUUAUAUGGUUUUGAAUGUGACUCAUAAUGCAGAUUUCUAUAGAUGACAUGUGUGUUACGUGCGUUUAGUUUGCUCCAUUUUUCAAAACGGUGAGACAAGCGCACAGGCACGAGGUGAUUUUAAAGACUAUAAAAGCAUUUUUGUUCCUUCGUGUAUAUUCAGGUUCGGUUUUCAUGCAGUAAUUUUAUUUUCUUUCUCGAUGUUUCCAUUGUCUUGUGAUUUGCAUGUGACCUUGCAAAGCAAUGGCAGGGUUUUGAGGGUCCAUCGGUUUUCGUAGCCUUCGAGUGUCAGGGAGGUGCCAUCCAGCUUGUUGAAGGAUAUCCUCACUGCACUUUUCACGCUUCACGAGCUGUCCAAAAAUGAUGUGCCAAAUGACUUCAGGAGAGUGUCCUGAACCAAUGCCCUCGCCCCGCUUCAUUUCCACGGCAGAUGUUGGUACGUUAUCGCGGGCGAGCGAUGGGGAUUUUGGGUACACAAAUGUGACCGAAUUCAGGUGAUGCGGGGCGAACGUUUUGACUGCUAUCUGCAAGCCUGUUUCUCAGAAAGGGUGGCACCUUCGCCAGUCCUAAAUAUCCAUGUUUUAUUCAGGGGUUUUAUAUUUUUAUUUUAACGGUAGCUUUUCAUUCACUCGGUCAGUGUUUGCUUCUUUCGGUUGCUUGUGUGUCUUUUCCGUAGCCGUGAAUUUAUCUGGCGAAUCCAGGUUUGGCGAAAUGGAAGACAAUAAAUAGGAUAAAAGAAAAACCAACUAUGGAAAAUCUAAGUAUAUAUGUGUAUAUGAAAUCAAAAUAAAUGGGCUUAGAUUUAUUUAAACGAUUUUGGUUUUGGGGAAGGGACGGGGUUCGAUGUGAAUUCAACUGUUUGUGGUGAAGAAUCAGAUCUUGCACAUAAGCGUUUAGAUAUUGUACCUUACGAGUUACAGAUGAUUAUUUUUGUUUGUUGAAUACAGGAUUCUGCUCUUUCAUAUUUAUUGUCUGGUCGGGGAGCAGCGGAACCCAGCUGUGUGUGGGGGUCUGCCGAGGGCACGAGGCUGUCGAGAACCCAAACUCUUUUUCAUGUGCCACAAACAAACGCAAAUACUACUGUCUGGGGUUCUUAACGUUACCGUUAUGAUGAUGAUGAUGAUGAUUAUUGAUAAUAUUCAAAGAAUGACAAUUGUUAUUAAAAUUCUUUUUUGUCCCAGAACAGCUAGGAACGUGUGUGUUGGACUGCUCAUAAAACCAGUUCAGAAAUAAAGCCCUUUUUUCGUGUCA